AUAAUGGUUUUGUACUAUGGCGACCUAUACCAUACGUAAGGCUUGUAAACACAACACGGAACACAGCAACAGAGUAGCUAGCUAGACUCUGCCUGUUCUACAAUGGACAGCUCUAGGCUAUGGAUGUCUACCCUACUGGUUGUGCUCAUACUUUAUUUGGCCCCUCCCACCUGUGCCAACUAUGCUGUCCUCUCAGUCACUAGGCACCCAGCUAGCAAUGAGACACAACACAAGUUUUGCUCCGUGUACAAUCCUGACCACACACACCUAGACACACUGUCACAGCCAUCACAAAACGACUACGUUCUUGCCGUUCAAAAUACUUCACUGUAUGACCCGUACGGAUGUGCCCCUCCCCCUUCUGACCUCGUGGCUAAUAAAACACUUAUUGUAUUACGUGGAAAUUGUACUUAUAGUGAAAAAGCGUACCUAGCACAGGGAGCGUCUGCCGCCAUGUUGGUGGUUGUGUAUGAUGAGAAGACCAUGUCCAGUCCGUCGCUGAAUGAUAGUAUAACGAUACCAGUGCUCAUGGUGAACAACGAGACUGGCCGUCUAUUACUGGAGAAUAUUUCCACUGCUCCGCUAUAUUUCUAUGGUUACCUCCUGCCUGCUGUGGCCUUUGACCCUAGCGCUGUCGUUCUUCUGCUGAUUGCCGUGGUAACCGUGUUUCUAGGUUCAUUCAUCGCCAACACACCUUAUGAGUUUAUGAGGUACGGUGUACUGUUGAGGAAAGGAGAGAAUUGUGACAGCGUUGAACACAAUAGUGGUAGUGGUGGGCUGGAGAAGGUAUCUGUUGUGGGUGUGGUCAUGGGUGUGGCUUUAAUGCUGGUUGUCGUGUGUGGCAUGUUGCUACUCCUCUACUUCUUCUAUUACCCCAUGGUGUACAUAGCGUUGGCUGCAUACAGUCUGGCUGCUGUAUACGCCCUCUACCACCUCCUCUCUUCCUUUGUUGCCGUCAUACCUGUCGUGAAUGACAAGUGUAGACUCCCACCUAACAAGCUACCUAUACUAAACUAUCGUCCCAGCCCACUAUUCCCUGCCACUAUCCUCGUCUCUGUUGCCAUAGUAACUUGGUGGGUGGUGGAACGCCACGCCCCCUACGCCUGGGUACUACAAGACAUCCUUGGUUUUGCUUUCAUCACUCUACUAUAUCAAAAGCUGAGUUUCCUCCGGCCUUGGAUGGUGGCUCUGAUCAUGUGUGUGCUCUUCUUCUACGACAUCUUUAUGGUCUUUAUCACUCCAUUCUUCACAAAGAAUGGUGUAAGUGUGAUGGAGACGGCCGCUCUUGGUCCACCCGGCAGUACAGAAAAACUUCCUCUUGUUUUCACUGUCAUCAAGUUUAUAUAUCCCACUCAACUUGACAUUAUCUGCUCUGCCUUGCGGCCAUACGGUCUCCUUGGUUACGGGGACGUUGGUAUCCCUGGGUUACUCGUUACGUUGGGAUUGAAACAUGAUCUCCAGUUCAGACGAGGAAAGUGUUUCAAGAUCUAUUAUGCAACUGCAGGCAUUGCUUACACUAUUGGGCUAAUGUGCACGUACAUUGCACUGACCUUUAUGAAGACGGCACAGCCAGCUCUGCUCUAUUUAGUGCCCACUACCCUCCUCUCUGUGGUGGCUGUGUCCUUGCUACGACGAGAGUUCCGUCUGUUCUUCACUGGGAAACAAAAAGUAAACACAGCAGCUGGUCACUGUCAGGAGGACUCUGGUGUCCGUAGCGAUGGCGGACAAGACACAGACUCUGAGAAAAGUCCGCUAGUGAAUGCUACUACUUAAGAAUUUAUGGAACUAAUGUACAUUCAUGUUGUGUGUGUGUGUGUGUGUGUGUGUGUGUGUGUGUGUGUGUGUGUGUGUGUGUGUGUGUGUGUGUGUGUGUGUGUGUGUGUGUGUGUGUGUGUGUGUGUGUGUGUGUGUGUGUGUGUGUGUGUGUAUUGUGACCAUUCAGUACGUUUUAUACAGUGGACGUUUUAUUAUAAUUUAUGUGCACUAUACCUUUGAUGACCAUCAUUAUUAAUCGCUGC